UUAAAAUUAUAAAAAAUUAACUAAAAUUAAGUAAAUAAUAAUAUUUAUAGAAUUAAGUGUUAAUUAAAAGAAUUAUAAAGGAAAAUAAAAUUUGGAGGCCAAAAAGUGUUUUUUUUUGUCAAGUGAUUCUGCAGGAAUUUUUCUAUUGUAAGGUGUUUGUUGUAAAAGGAAGAAGCAGAAGAAGAGAUAGAGUAGAAAAUACGUAAACUGUUUUCGUGUGAAUAAUUAUUUUAAUAACAAAAUAUAUAUGUGAUGCUAAAAAGUGUUAUUUUAAACGUUUUGUAAAUGUUUGCCAUAAUGGAGAAUAGAAAACGUCCUCGUUUAGAGUUGUUGAAUACAAAUAAUCAUCAGGCAAAUGAAACACUACAGGGAGUGGCUUCAACAACAACACAAAUGGGUACAGCCACCUUAGCUACCAUAGGGGGACAAAGUUUCAUUUUAAGUAAUUCCACUUCAAAUGCGCUUCCCGCCAACAUUUUACUAUCGAUAUGUGAUGAUAAUUCCGAUGAAUCAGAAGAAUAUGUUUUAGAUCAUUCGGUGCUGGCACAAAUCAAACAGGAGCAAACGGUAGCCACACAAACAAACUGUCAGCAAAUCCAACAACCAACUUUGGUUACCACGAUGCCUCAGUUUCGUAUUGUUAAUCAACAGGCGGGUAAAACUUUAAAUACUCCCUCUACAUUGAAUAACAGUAACUCUGGCAAUUCAUCCUCCUCGUUAGUAACAAAUAGUGUACAUUUGCCACCAGGCUGUGAAAUUUAUGUUAUCAAAGAAGUUAUUGAUACUCCCAAACAAAUAAUGGCUGAAUCUUCCCCCAAUAACAGCAAUAAUAACACAACUAGUCCCAAAACUCUAAUGGCCGGCAAUCAAACUACUAUUAAACUAGAACCUAUGUCACCCUUGCCAUUAUUACGCCAAGGUCUUAACAAUCAGAAUCUAACACUAACUAACAACCACAACAGUACUACUACGCCCAUUACUAACUCCUCUUCGACUAGCUCGAAUCUAACAACUUCUUGUGCUGCGGAUGAUACCGCCAAACGUAGUUUAAUUUUAGAGGCCUAUAAAAAACGUGAUGAUAAACGUCGUGCCACCCAUAAUGAAGUGGAACGUAGAAGACGUGAUAAAAUUAAUAGUUGGAUAUUUAAACUUAAGGAAAUGUUACCCUCGGAAGUAACACCGGCAAAUAAAGAUAAUUUCAAUGCAACAAAUCAAAAUACUGGCUCCACUACACGUUUAUUGGUACAACAGCCAACGGCUUGUACUACUAGUGCCAACAACACUACCACCACAACACGCACACCGCCUAGUGACUCCAAAUCACAAAUUUUAAUAAAGGCCUGCGAGUACAUUAAAUCAAUGCAGGAGGAAAUUAAAAGCCUCCGGGAGUGCCUUACGGAAAAUGAAAAUUUACGUUUGAGCAAUCAACGUUUACAAGAUGAAAUUAAUAAUUUGCGUGCAAAACAAAAACUACAACUCAAUAAUAACAAUAUAUUAUUAAGCACAACAACAAACACCACCAAUAAUUCUAAUAAUAACAACAACAAUCACAAUAGUGAUAAUAGCGAUGAUUGUGAAUUAACUUUAAAUUCUUUAAAUACCACUUAUGCAAAUGUACAGCUAUUUGCUCCCUCGGCAAUAACAACAAAUCAUCAUCAUUUAACAGGUCUAGUAGGUUUAACCACAAAUUCCAAUAAUAAUAAUAAUAAUACAUCGUCUUCGUCGAAUGGAGUUAAUGUAACAUAUGCCAAACGUGAAUUAAUUAUAACCGAUUAUGUUGAUUAGUUUUUUAUGGAUUAUGAGAAUGAUGAUAAACAAAUUUUAGACAAAAAUAAUGAGUAGUUAUAAUUUUUUUCGAAUUUUUUGUUAUUAGUAGUUGAAAAAAGAAUUUAUAUACCUCUUUAAAAUUAUUAAAAUAUA